AUGCUUGGCGCCAUCAAUGGCGUUAUACACGUCCUCCCAAAGUUUCCUAACCGUCCCGCAAAGAUUUUCCGGUGGUCUGAACGUGGGCCCGUGAUGAGCAUCUUGAUACAGAGUUACCCCACAAUUCGACCGCAUGGGAAAAGACGCAUUUUUAAGCCCUUUGUACCCACCAUCGGUCGACAGGGCCUUGUCCCAGCCCGUUUCACUGUCAGCGGGCUUGAACCACACGAGGAACUGAAGCUUAACGGGAAAAGCCCGUUUAUCAGGCUCGAGUUGCCUAGCAGCUUGUGGGCCUCGAUGUCGAUGCUGCCUAAAACCGAGCGCUUUUGUUUAAGGGUUAUUGUGAUUUUCGAGUCCGGCGGGUGGGCGCAGAGGACUUGGAAAGUUUGGUUCCAAAUGCGCCCUUGCUCACGUGUCGUCUUGGCGACCUUCUUGCCGUCAAGCUUUAUGGUCACAUAG